AACGUCAUGCAAAUACCAAAUACUUCAAGUAAGAAACACAAAAGUUAAUAUUGUAUUUAUAUAUAGGAAUAGCAAUAUAUAUUAGUUAGGACGACUAUUGUCCUUGUACGUUUGAUAAUGUGAACAAAGAUGAUGUGUACGAGGAGCGGUGUCGCUUGGUGAACGCGAUGUCGAUAGAGUACGUGGUGGUGAGCGAGGGCGAGCAAGACGAGCCCAUCGAGCUGCCGACCGAAGAAGACGGCUCGUUACUGCUGAGCACGAUAUCGGCUCAGUUCGCGGGAGCAAGCGGCCUCAAGUACCGAGCCGGUGGCCGGCUGCGUGGAUUGCGCCUGACAGAAGACAGAGUCCUCCCGCCCGCGGAGGGCUGGGCAGCCCACCGUUAUUUCUGUGCGUUUCCACGCACCGAUGCCCCGUCUCCUACGCCACGUCCGCGUUGCUCCGAUCUGAUCGUGCUCGGACUACCUUGGAAGACGGGAGAAGAGGCUGUCCGCGAUUACUUUGCUGCUUUUGGUGACCUUCUUAUGGUGCAAGUGAAACGUGACGCUAAAACUGGCUUAUCUAAGGGAUUUGGAUUCAUUAAGUUUGCAGAUUACGAGGCACAGUUGCGUGCACUGGGUCGAAGACACAUGAUAGAUGGGCGCUGGUGCGAUGUACGCAUCCCUAAUAGUAAAGACGGUGGGUCGGCAGCUCACCGCAAGGUGUUCGUUGGUCGAUGUACCGAAAGCCUCACUGCCGAUGACUUGCGAGAAUACUUUGGUGCAUUUGGCCAGGUGACAGAUGUGUUCGUACCAAAACCUUUUCGUGCAUUCAGCUUUGUUACAUUUUUGGACCCGGAAGUGGCCCAGUCACUGUGCGGGCAGGAUCAUAUAAUCAAAGGUGUGUCUGUUAACAUCUCAACGGCAUCUCCUAAGCGCGAGCGUGGCGCACGGUCCCAGCUGCUGGGGUGGGGCCUGCUGGAGGGUGGUGCUCCACGCGUGUACAGCUGGCCUCCUGAUGCUUGGCAGCACUCCGCUCAUUCUGCACACUCCACCGCACCACCUGACGCUAAGCUUUACCUCAAAUAUGAGUAAUGACCCCAAUGCCCUCCUUGUUAAUAACUCACAGAUUUUAUAUGAAGAUAAAUGUAAAUAAUAAUAUAAUAUAGAAUGAUAAAGUUGUUAA